AUGUCGGAACAGCGGAGGUCUUCCUCUCCACUGUCGUCGGCGUCGCCGUCACCGGUGCAGGAGCCGACCGCGAACGGUGACCCGCCUCCCGCACCCCUCCACCUUGGUCCCGCCGCCGACAUCCUGGACAAUGACAACGAUGAAGGCGACCUGGUCGGAGGGAGCAGCCCGACAACCUUAACGGAGCCUUUAACCGACAGCGAGCUCACCGAUGACGAGGAUGACGUUGAUGAUGUCCCCCAGCAGGCUGAUGGUACGGCUGAGGAGCCAGGCAACGAUGCCCAGGACGAGGAGGAAGCCGACGCGCCGGCACCAGAAGACACUGCUGACGAGACACCGGUCGGAAAGCGGCCGUCCAAACGGCAAGCGUCGCCGUCCCCUUCGCUGACGCCACCGCCCCCUUCGGACCCUCCCCACAACGACAACCUUCCCUCCUCACCUAUGGACAAGGAAGGCGACGAUGACGACGAGCCGAUGCUCGAGGAAGGCGCCGAGGAAGAUCCGGAGACUGCUCCAGCGGAGCCUGUCGUCAAGGAAGAGGAGUCGCAUCCAGCCGACGAUGAGCCCGAGGCGGAUGGCGACAUCACCAUGCGUGCUGAGGACAACGAGGAGGCGGCCGACGACGCGGAGGGAACGAUCACGGCUGCAGUGACCGAGAAUGAGGCCGAUGUCGAAGACGCUGCCGAGCCCGAGGAAGAGCCAGCCGCAGACGAGGAGGAAGCUGCUGCAGAGGUCGAAGUUGAAGCAUCAGCUGCCCCAUCACGCGCGUCAGGUCACCACUCGUCUCACGCUCCCGGCCCCAGUACGGCAGCCAUCCGUGCUAUGGUUGCUCUGGAAGUGAAGUUCGCUGCUCUCCGUGACCGACUUUACGUGGAAAGAUUGGAGGAAGCUGCCAAGGAGGAGGAGAUGAUCCUCAAUGAGGCACGCCGCGAGCGGCUUCACGAGAUUGCUCUUCGUCGAUAUGAGGAGAGUUUGGCCGAUCUCAAGAUUUGGCGCGAUGUUGAAACAAAGAUCUCAUGGCAAACCUGGACUCGUGACCAGAUGCACUGGGAGGAGUUCGAGCAGACUUGGAGCAAGCGCCGGCGGUUGGCUCGCGAGAAGAAUGAGAUCGAGACACCAAAAGUUCAGCGUCCCGUUCCCAAAGUCGAGAAGCCGCCGAAACCAUUCGACUGGUCUCCGGGACCUGUGCCAUCUCGCCUGACGACGGAACAAGGCUUGGCCGACCUCAGUGCGAUAGACGCCGCUCGCCAACAGCAGCAACAGCAGCAGCUGUCACGUCAUGCGUCACCAGCGAUGUACGGAGGAUAUGCGGGUCCCUCGACCUCCGCCUACGGUUAUCAAGCCCCCGGCCAGCACCCUGCUUCGCACCUGCACAUCGACGAUGACCCGCGGCGGCAUCAUCAUUAUAGCGCGCCUGUGCAGGUGCCGCGCCAGCAGCACCGACAAAUGCAGCCCAACGUCCAGGCGGAACCAUCUGCACCAUCUCGAUCGGUCGCGUCGUCGUCGUCCUCAUUACCGCAGAGUGGUCCCUCACGAAAGACGUUAGGCACAGAAGCCUUCGCCGUGCCUCGAAGGGAGGUCGUGCCGCAGACCAAUGGCGGCGGUGACAAGCAGCACGUCAACGGGCAUUCUCAGCAGCCGUUAGGGGGCGGACAUGGUCCGUCCAGCCAGCCGUCAUUGGGCGGCGACGUGAAGCCGUCAAUACAGGGUUCCCAGCAAGGGGGCAGCGGUGGCGAGCGGGCGAACGCGUCUGCCCGCUUCCCAGGGUUGGCCGACUAUCUGAGUGGGUCGGCCACGCCUCCGCAGAACUCUUUCCAGCACCAUCUUCUGAACUCUUCGGCGGCGCAGAACGCGGGCUCCAAGGGUGCCCCGGCACCUCCGGCUAUGUCAGCAAGCAGCGGCGCACCAGGUGCGCUGAGCUCCUCAUCGUUAGGUGGGAUCAGUCGUAUGUGGAUGGCGUAG